GUUACCUAAAUGAAUACAAGUUAACUUUGUUACAAUGUUAACUUGUAUUCAUAUACAAGCGUUCGUUCAUCAUAUCGGUAUAUAAACAUGCUUUACUGAAUUGCUAAUAAAAAUGGCGACAAGUAAAUCAGGAAACUUACAAAAACGAAAAUUAAUGAUCGAACGGAAUAAUACAGAUGAAGAAAUGGCUAAGAAAGUCAAAAUUGUUAUAACAAAUUCAGAACCUCCACGACUGUGUCCUUAUUUAGAUACGAUAAAUCGUCAAUUUUUAGACUUUGAUUUUGAAAAGCUAUGUUCAGUGUCGUUGUCAAGAAUUAAUGUAUAUGCUUGUCUAGUAUGUGGAAAAUAUUUCCAAGGUAGAGGUACAAACACUCACGCGUAUACCCACAGUGUAGCUGAAAGUCAUCAUGUUUUUUUGAAUCUUCAUACUUUAAAAUUUUAUUGUUUACCUGACAAUUAUGAAAUAAUUGAUUCGUCAUUGGAUGACAUAAAGUAUGUUUUAAAUCCAACAUUUGAUAAAGCACAAAUUGCGCAGUUAGAUAAAAGUAAUAAGUUAUCGAGAGCCAUAGAUGGAUCUUUAUAUUCACCUGGUAUUGUGGGAAUGAAUAAUAUUAAAGCAAAUGAUUAUUGUAAUGUUAUUUUACAAGCACUUUCUCAUGUUACACCUUUAAGAGAUUUCUUUUUGAGGGAAUCUAAUUAUUCUCACGUCAAAAGGCCACCUGGAGAUUCUUCUUAUCUUUUAGUUCAACGAUUUGGAGAAUUAAUGAGAAAAUUAUGGAAUCCACGUAAUUUCAAAGCACAUGUCAGUCCACAUGAAAUGUUACAAGCUGUCGUUUUAUGGAGUAAAAAGAGGUUCCAGUUUACUGAACAGGGCGAUCCAAUUGACUUUCUUUCGUGGUUCUUAAAUGCUCUUCAUCUAGCAUUAAAUGGUACAAAAAAACGUGAUUCUAGUAUUGUAUAUAAAACAUUUUUGGGUCACAUGCGGAUAUAUACACGAAAGAUACCACCACUUGAGUUAGAUGAAAGUCAAAGGAGCGAAUUACUUCAUACUGUAGAAUAUGGUGAAACUGUAACAGAAAGCCCAUUUUUAUAUUUAACAUGUGAUUUGCCACCACCACCUCUUUUCAAAGAUCAAUUUACUGAAAAUAUUAUUCCUCAAGUUAAUUUAUAUACAUUAUUAAAUAAAUUUAAUGCCGUAACUGAAAAAGAAUACAAAACUUAUAAGGAAAAUUUUAUGAAAAGAUUUGAGAUAACAGAACUUCCUCCGUAUCUUAUACUUUAUAUAAAAAGAUUUACGAAGAAUACAUUUUUUGUAGAAAAAAAUCCCACCAUAGUUAAUUUCCCAGUUAAAAAUGUCGAUUUUGGGGAUAUUUUAACACCUGAAGUGAAACAAAAACAUCCAUUUACAACAUACGAUCUAGUAGCAAAUAUAGUUCAUGACGGUGAGCCUGGUCAAGGAACAUACAGAGUCCACAUUUUACAUAGAGCAACGGGUCAAUGGUAUGAGUUGCAAGAUUUACAUGUAACCCAGAUUUUACCUCAAAUGAUAACAUUGACCGAAGCAUAUAUUCAAAUUUACGAACUAAAAAAAGAUAUAUGUACAGAAAAUGGUGACAAUAAAAGCAAAAGAAUUAUGUGAUAGAUACAAUUUUAUAAAUAAAAUAUUUCAAUUUUUCA